AUGAUCUGGGUCUGUGUUCUCUACUUCUGUAUCGGCGGCGCCUUCGCUGUUCUCCCCACAUACACUGAUUCCUGCUUCGGACACCGCUACUUCGGAACGCUCUACGGCCUCGUCUUCACUUCCGUCAUCAUUUCGUCGAUGUUAUCCGCCUUCUUCGUCACCGCGAUGGUCAAGAAGAUCGGCGUGUUCGGUAUUACCAUUGUGCUGGGCGUGUUCAUGGUCUUCGCCUUCGUUCUCACGCUCUGCGCCAAGAAUUGGAAGUGGGACGACGCGCAGCCCCUCCAGGAGGUCAAGACCGACCAGCCCCCCGCUACCGGGGAAACCGGGGAAACCGGGGAAACCGGGGAAACCGCUGUGAAGCCUGCGGAGCAGGUGGUGGAAAAACCUACCGAGGAGGUAGGAAAGUCUACCGAGGAGGUAGGAAAGUCUACCGAGGAGGCGGAGAAGCCUGCGGAAGGAAAGUAAUGGAAAAA